ACAAGUAUGAUACAACAAAACUGAAGUGUCAUUUUCGAUAUUCCUUGGGUUGCCUUUUUUCAGUUAGAUUCAGGUGAAACAAAACAGAACUCUGAUUCUGAAAGUCUCCCAUUCCAGUAGUUUCUUUCUACAUCAAGAAAUUCAAUAACCAGACUCUCCUUCAUUCUUUGGGUUUGCUCUCAUACUGUUCUCAUAAUUCACUAACAUCCCUCUUGUUGCUGCAUCAAGAAAUAGAAUCUUGGGGAUUCAAAAGUUCAUUCUCAAGUGUAAAGAACGCUCCUUUUCAGUCAUAAUCAGUUGAAAGAUUGCUUCUUUCUUGGAUUCCGAGGAAGAAAUCACUAUAUUUGAUCUGGGUUCUUGGUGUUUUGUUUUUUAGAUAGUAUACAAGUAGCGCUUUUAGUCACUGUUGUUGAAAGUCCUUUUCAAAGAGACUUUGUAGUGAAGGAUACGUACCUGGAUCUUUAGUAGAGUUUAAAGGGUGUUUGUUCUCUUUUGUUUUGGGAUUUCGUAGAAAUCAUUAUAGAGGCGGGGUUUCAGUAAGAGAUUCGUCAAUGGCAACACCACCUUCGAUUGAGCUCAGAUUCAGGUUACCAGAUGGCAAUGAUAUUGGGCCAAACAACUACACUGAAGCAGCCAAUGUGGCGACUCUUAAAGAGCAUGUAAUUGAGCAAUGGCCAAAAGACAAGGAAAAUGGCCCGAAGACUAUAAAAGAUGUGAAGCUUAUAUAUGCUGGACAUGUACUGGAAAACCAUAGAACACUUGCCGAGUCCAGACUUCCUGUCGGUGAUAGUCUCACAGGUGUAGUCACCAUACAUGUUGUUCUGCGUCCUCCUGGUGCACGUAUAAACAAUGGUGAUCAGCGCAAUGAUGUUGAAUGGCGGGAGGGUUGCUCAUGCUCAAUCUUGUAGUUGCAAGAAGAAAAUAUUCUGAAGCUGCUUCAGUUGGUAUAGGAGCCUUUAAUGUGCAGUGUGUUAGACAGUAGAUGAGGUGCAGUUUAAAAUUUCGGGAACUCCAAAUUUCAAAUGGCUUUAGAAACAAAAAAAACUUGAAAGUCCACCACCAGCAUGCCCUUUGUUUCUUUCUUCUUUUAGUUUCUUUGGCACACUACUGUGCUGUUCAUUCAUUAGUGUUGGCAAAUGCUAGGAAAGAAAUUUGUCAGUGUGGAUUAGAAGUUCAGUUGAUAUAUAGGGUUUAUCCUACCAACAGAAAGGAAAAGGAGAGCAAGAGAGAGAGAUAGAGAGAGCGAGAGAGAGUAGAAGCGCUUGCAGAAGAAUUUAUGAUUUUGCUUGGAUCUGUUGUUAUCACACUGGCUUCUGAAAAGUUACAGAGAAGGUACAGCGUGCGAUUUUUUACACGAUCAAUAAAACUUGCCAGAUAUCCACUCUGGGUUGAGUCCCAACUUUUUAUCAACUUCAUUUGAUUUAUGGCGACUCUAGUGGACCUUCCAUUAGAAACGUUACUGGCAGUAACGAAUUAAUCAAGGAUCACGCUGUCACCAUGUUCUCCGGGACGUUUCGGAUUGCAAAAUUUUACCGGUUCUUGACUAUAAUAUUUAUUCAAACAUCAUGCUGUGUUUCAAGUUGGGCAAGUAACCUCUCUUAUGAAUCGCAUCAUUAGGCAAGCGCGUAUAUCAAAUGAAGUUGUAGCUUUAUCGAAGGUCACCUAAUCAUGGAACCUGUUCAAUAAUGGCUCCUGCAUGCUCCGGCACCUAAAGGAAAACUUCAGGAAAGAAUGAAAAAGGCACGACUGGUAGAGUGGAGGGGGAGACAUAGCAACGGGGAGGAAUUGACUCCAAGGCAUUUUGCUAGCUUUUCGAGUGACGAACCAAAAUUGAUUUAGCUGGUCAAAUAACUUGAUUACUAUGCAGUAUAA